CCCCAGGCUGGUGACACGAGAAAGCUCUCCAAACACAAUCGCUCAACUGUGCACCGGACCGACUGUCGUUCGUUUUUCAGUCCACGAUGCGCUGCUCGCUUGCAGUCUUCUUUGCGGCCGGGGCUGCUGUCAUCGCCCCCGUUGCCGCCACCGACAACCACCACACCACGCAGCCUCCUGCGUCGCAGACUGGCUGUCCAACCGUCACGGCUACCAAGGAGCAAUGUCGCACCUGCGCCGUCCCCGCGUGCGUGGUCUUGAGCACGCUGACGCAGAACUGUGGCUGCCCCAACGUCCCGGCCACGUCGUACACGUCCUUCCCCUGCCACGAGCAGUGCAAGGGUCUCAGCUGUGCAACCAGCUACACCAUCGUGACGGCCACGGGCUGCUCGACGACCUCGACCAGCACGUCCACCUCGAGCCUGCCGCCGGUGUCCACCACCAGCACCGUGACUAGCACCAAGACCUCGUCCACUUCGUCGUCGUCGUCGUCCUCCUCCUCCACGUCAUCGUCAUCGUCCAGCACAAGCAGUUCGUCGUCGUCUUCUACCAAGACCAGCUCGUCGUCGUCUUCUACCAAGACCAGCUCGUCGUCGUCUUCUUCUACCAAGACCACCAGCAGCAGCACCAGCACGGACGACUGCGAGACCUCCACCACUUCGGCCCCUCCCAAGACUUCCACCACCACCAAGACAAAGACGACGACCACCACCGAAGACUGCGAGACGUCGACCCCUUCCGUCCCUCCCAAGACCUCCACCACCACCAAGACCAAGACGACCACCACCACCGAAGACUGCCCCGAAACCUCCACCACCACCAAGACCAAGACGACCACUACCACCGAAGACUGCCCCGAAACCUCCACCACCUCCACGGGUAGCUUCCCUCCCUCGCACUCGUCUAAGCCGCCGCACUCGUCCAAGCCCCCGGCGACCACCACCUCCACCGGCAGCUUCCCUCCCUCGCAUUCAUCCAAGCCGCCUCACUCGUCCAAGCCGCCGCAUUCCGGCGGCAGCAGCUUCCCUCCCUCCACCUUCACCUCCAAGACAACCUUGACCAUCACCACCAAGACAGGAGGCGGUGGUGGCCAGCCUUCGUCGCAGCCACCUGCUACUCGCCCGCCUGCGUCGACGACUACGACGGGUAGGGCGCCGGGCGUGACGAGCAGUAUUGCGACUGCUGGGGCGAAUGGGCGGGCGAGGCCCUUCCGCCUUUGGUAAAACUAUGGAAGGAAACGGUACCUACCGUGUUACCGCAUGGGUCGGGACGUACAGGAGACGAGGAAUAAGAGGGUUGAGGAUUGAUAUUGUGGAGGAUGAAAAGGUUACGCUCCCUAAUGAUGAGAUGAACAUAAUGUGAUAAUGCCAGGAUGGGGACGACGGGAUUGGGGAUACGAAUACCGGGUGAUAUUCUCAUGAUGUCGUGUGUGACCUGGAUUUAAUUAGUUAGGUAGUAAUCUCACUAAAUCCGAUAUGUCGCGC